UGACAUUUGCUCCUCGGUGAAAGAAGAUUUACCAGUUAUGAAUUAAGCUAUAUCUGCCUCUCGCUCAAACUGUUGGUUGGAUAGCGGGAACGGAGAAGUAGAGAUGGAGGCCACAGAGAACGUUAUGAAGGCGUCGACGGAGAGGCGUCACCGUAAGGCAUUCGGCUUCGCCGCCAAAGAUACAACUGGCUUUCUCUCUCCAUUCACUUUCUCCAGAAGGGAAAAUGGUGACUGUGAUGUUACCAUAAAGAUAUUGUACUGCGGCAUUUGUCACACCGAUCUCCACAGCAUCAAAAAUGACUGGAAGGAUACUGUUUACCCACUUGUUCCAGGGCAUGAAAUCGCUGGUAUUAUCACUGAAGCUGGGUGCAAUGUUCAAAAGCUCAAAAUUGGGGACAAAGUGGGCGUUGGAUGCUUAGUUGGUGCCUGUCGUUCAUGUGAUAGAUGUAUCCAGCAUAAGGAGAACUACUGCCCCAAGCUGGUGUUCUCUUACAACUCAGUUGAUAUUGAUGGGAAGAUUACUUAUGGAGGUUACUCAAACAUUAUUGUAGUGGACGAGCAUUUUGUGGUUAAAUUCCCAGAGAACUUCCCCAUGGAUAGAGGUGCUCCGUUACUCUGUGCAGGGAUAACGGUAUACAGUCCCAUGAAGAACUUUGAGCUCAACCAGCCUGGGAAGAACAUCGGUGUUGUUGGUCUUGGAGGACUUGGCCAUGUUGCGGUUAAGUUUGGAAAGGCUUUCGGGGCAAAGGUCACUGUUAUCAGCUCAUCGCCUUGGAAGAAAGAGGAAGCCAUCAAGCAAUUGGGUGCUGAUACUUUCCUUGUCAGCACUGAUGCUGAACAAAUAAAGGCUGCAAAGGGUACCAUGGAUGGAAUCAUCAACACAGUAUCAGCCAAACAUGCCCUCUUGCCCCUAAUACUUUUGCUGAAAUCUGAGGGGAAAAUGAUCAUGGUGGGUGCGCCGGAACAUCCACUCGACUUGCCAGCUCUUCCUCUGCUUUUGGAAGGGAAGAUUUUGGCUGGCAGCUGUAUUGGUGGAAUGAAGGAUACACAGGAGAUGUUAGAUUUUGCCGGGGAACACAACAUAGCUGCAGAUAUUGAGCUGAUUGGCAUCAACUAUGUGAACCAGGCCAUGAAGAGGCUUGCCAAUGGUGAUGUUAAAUACAGAUUUGUGAUUGAUGUGGGAAACACCUUAGCUGAAGCUUAAGAAAUUAUGCUCUGCGCUUGGUUGGUGAGAUUUGAUACUGUCUCUCUUUUAUGGCCUUGUCACCUUUUUUAUGCUUUUGGUGUUUACUAGAUGGUGCCAUGAAAAUAAGAUUGUCUUGAGGUUGAUGGAACUAUUGUAUGGUCCAAAACUUUUGACUUGGCUAUGGUUGAUUUUUGCUCUUAUUAUGCAAGUGUUUAGUUUCAUCUU